GAUGGGCCAUAAUGGGCCCAUUCAGAUCCAAUUAUAUUUGGGCUCAAAAUUUGUGCAGAUCCAAUAGGCUUUUGGACAACAUCAGUCCACUCGCUCGUGUCGCUUCGAAGUUCGGCAACUCUCUCUCGGCGAUACUCAGAGCAUUUCGAUGAUGAACAGGAUUGUCGCCAGAAACUUUGGCUCCAAUGUUUAUAGAUUGAGAAUUCCAUGGAGGCCUUUUUCUAAUGAUGCAGCCUCAAAUCUAUCUAGCUCAAAUGCCGGUAACCCUACAAAAGAGGGUGAAGGUCAACAAUAUGACAUUGCGAUUGUUGGAGGUGGCAUGGUUGGCCUGGCUCUUGCUUGUUCCUUAGCUAGCAGACCAUUAACGAAACAUUUGAAUGUUGCCAUCAUUGAUAGCAAUCCAGCUUUGGGGAGAAACCACUUCAUUAAGAAAGAAGACCUCCCUGAUCCCAGGGUCAGUACAGUAACACCGGCGACUAUAUCUUUCUUCAAAGAUAUUGGUGCUUGGCAAUAUGUUGAACGGCAUCGACAUGCCUAUUUUGAUAAGAUGCAGGUUUGGGAUUAUACUGGCUUAGGUUACACAAAAUACAAUGCGAGGGAUGCAAACAAAGAAGUACUUGGGUGUGUGGUGGAGAAUAAGGUGCUACUUAGUUCUUUGUUGUCAUGUGUGCAGGAUACAGAUUUGCAGAAGAAAAUCUACCCAUCAAGAUUGACUUCAAUGUCUAUAUUACCAAAUUCUUCAUCCUUGGAAGAAGACAGCACAGCAUCAGAAACAGUAUUGUUUACUCAUGGGCGUUUAGCUAAGCUGGAACUGGAGGAUGGACAUAGCGUAUAUGCAAAGUUGGUGGUAGGGGCAGAUGGGGGAAAAUCACGAGUUAGAGAGUUAGCAGGAUUCAGAACAACUGGAUGGAACUACUCACAGAAUGCCAUCAUAUGUACAGUAGAACAUGCUGUAGAAAAUCAUUGUGCAUGGCAGAGGUUUCUACCUGCUGGUCCCAUUGCACUUUUGCCAAUAGGUGAUAAGUUUAGCAAUAUUGUUUGGACUAUGAACCCAAAAGAGUCAUCAGAGUUCAAAUCAGUGACUGAGGAUGACUUUCUGAAAGCUGUAAAUCAUGCACUGGAUUAUGGUUAUGGCCCUCAUCCUACAUCAAGCUUAUUGGGUAACGGAGACAUUUUUUCUUGGUUCAAAGGAGAUAUCACCAUGUCAGCUCAUGAUUGCUUUGAAGUUCCACCAAAAGUAGCCAAGUUGGCCUCUGAAAGGAUGGUUUUCCCUUUAUCCUUACGGCAUGCUAGUGACUAUGCAUCCAAGCGUGUUGUUCUAAUUGGUGAUGCAGCACAUACUGUGCAUCCUUUGGCUGGCCAAGGAGUAAAUUUGGGUUUUGGAGAUGCGUCUACUCUUUCAAAUAUAAUUUCCGAGGGAAUUGCAGUUGGCACAGACAUUGGGGAGGUAUCGCUAUUGAAGAAAUAUGAAGCAGACAGAAAACCGGCGAAUGUUAUGAUGAUGGCAGUCCUGGAUGGUUUCCAGAAGGCAUACUCUGUUGACUUUGGUCCUUUAAAUAUCCUACGAGCUGCAGCAUUUCAUGGGGCUCACUAUAUUUCACCACUUAAAAAGAGCAUCAUCUCUUAUGCCUCCGGGGAGCACAGAUUGCCACUAUUUUCUUGAAGACCUUGAUAAAUGUGAUUGCAAAAACUAGGUAAUCACACAUAAAUUAAGUAGAGUUUUCCUUUUAUCAUCUUGUACAGGAGUAAUUUGUUAUCAGGAAACAUUAAAAGAAUAAUUGUAAAAUGUAACUGUGAUCACAAGAACUGUAGAAGCAUUGCUUCAUGCAUUUUACUUUGGUCAAGGGUGUAUUUCUUAGACAAAAUGAUUCAUUCAUCAUUUUCCUUUUAAAAAAAAAGGGAAAGAAAAAACCAUAAUAGCCCCUAAUACAGUUAUUCUGAUUCAUCCGAAAGGACUUGAACCCAACAAAGAGGUAUCACAUUCCUUGUUGAUUUCAAAGGAG